CCAUAGCCCACCGCACAGUAUUACUUCCCCUCCUCACGCCUCGUGACCUCUCUACCUUAGUCUAGGAUCUUGCGAAGCUUCCCACCGAGGUCACCCAAAAAUUCGAAGAAAGCCAUCCUCUCUCUCUAUCGCAUUGCUCUGCUCCCUAUCCUGCAGGGCAUUGGAAGCGCAUUCCAGGCAGAGACACCAAAAAAUGGCAACAGCAAACGGAGAUGUCAGCUUCGAUAGCAUUCCCGAUGCCAUUGAAGCCUUCGCAAAUGGGGACUUCAUACUGGUCAUGGACUCGACGGAUCGCGAGAAUGAAGGAGACUUGAUCAUUGCUGCGCAGGAUCUCACGCCCGCCAAAGCCGCCUUUCUCAUCCGAUACACCUCGGGCUACUUGUGUGCGCCGAUUGUGCCUGCUCUGGCGGCACGACUGGAACUGCCUCAAAUGGUGACGGAGAACUCGGACCCGAAUCGCACCGCAUACACCAUCACGAUAGAUGCCGCAGAGGGAGUCACGACGGGCAUUAGUGCGCAAGAUCGCAGUCUGACCUGCCGCAGGCUGGCGGAUCCUGCGGUUCAAAAAGAUUGGUUUCGAAGACCAGGACACGUUGUGCCGCUGCAAGCUCGAGAGGGCGGUGUGAGAGUCCGUGCGGGGCAUACAGAGGCUGCGGUGGAUUUCUGCAAACUGGCUGGCAAAGAGCCGGUCGGCGUGAUUGCGGAGAUGGUGGAGGAUGGCGAGUAUGUCGCGGGCAAGGCGGAAAUGUCGGGAGGUUUUGGCAUGAUGAGAAGAGAUGGCUGCCUCGCUUUUGCAAGACGGCAUGGCUUGAAGGCUGUGACAAUAGAGGAUCUUGUGAAAUAUCUGGACAGUGGGGAGGGGAAAAUCAUCAAGUAAAGAGUCCUGGAAAAAGCAUGUGUAAUCUGUACAGCACAAUGUGACAUACUGAGACACUACAUGUACACAGUGGGGGUUAUACACAAAAGAAAG